AUAACCUCAUAAGCCAACACACCAACAUAAACAUCUUGUUCUCAAACAUAUAUUGGUAGCUAGUGUUAAUUAAUUCCCCUUUAGAACCUCAUCACCAAAUUAUCAAACCAAACAUGGGUGUCUUCACAUUUGAGCAAGAAACCACCUCUACUGUUGCACCUGCUAAGCUUUACAAAGCAGUUGUACAUGAUGCCGAUGACAUUAUCGUAAAGGCUGUUGAUGAAAUCAAAAGUGUUGAAAUCGUCGAGGGUAAUGGUGGCCCUGGAUCCAUCAAGAAGCUCAAUUUCGUUGAGGGAGGACAAAACUUGUAUGUGUUGCACAAAAUAGAAGCAAUCGAUGAAGCAAACUUAGCAUAUAAUUACAGUAUUGUUGGAGGAGCUGGCAUUCCAGACACAGUGGAGAAGAUAUCAUUUGAGGCUAAAUUGUUUGAAGGCCCAAAUGGAGGAUCUAUUGGAAAAAUGACAGUUAAAUACCAUACCAAAGGAGAUGCUAAGCCUGUUGAAAAGGAAGUUGAAGAAGGCAAGGCUAAGGGUGAUGCUCUUUUCAAGGCUAUUGAGGGUUAUGUUUUGGCUAAUCCUAAUUACUGAUCCAUCUUCCAAGUUUGGCUACUAUCAUCAAUAAUUAAUAAUAAUAAUAAUAAUAAACAAAAACAUGCUUGUUAGUUUUGUUGGUGUCUUUUUAAUGUAAUAAAGUGUUAUGUUGUCGAUUUCACAUUUUGAU